GAACCUCCGGCCUCCGCCGCUUCCCGUGAACCUGCGUCCGAUCUUUAUAUCGUGCGCCGCCGGGGGUGAAAGUGCCUCCAAUCCGCCGGAUCCUUCUCGUCAACCUCCGUCGGAUCCUUCUCGUGCAGCGCCGCCGCCGCCGCCGUGGGGACUGAAGGAGAGGAGGAGUCCUUGUCGCGCGCCGGGUCGGGGGCUGAGGAGCAGGAACGAAGAUGUCGGAUCCUUCCGUAGAUCCUGAGAAAGACAUCACCGGGCUGAAGGAGGAGGAUGAUGUUCAAUUCAAACAUUCCAAGGUCAAGGUCAUGUGUAUCAAGGUUUUACUGCAUAUGUACCCAGUGGUGUUUUUGGCGGCCACUAUUGUCGCGGUGGUGUCGAUGGAGAGGAAAUAUCACACGUGGUAUUCACGGCUGAUGUCUCUAAUCUUGUCGCUUGGUGCGAUUUUUCUGUUCUGGAGGUUCCGCGAGAUUAAGGAGGAAAAUAUUGAGCGGAUGUUAGGAAGACCCGGCGGCAAUCUCAAUACCACACUGCUAGCAUCUACUCCUAUGGGGAGUAAUAAUAAGAAAUAAGCUAACGAGUGGGUUAAGUGAAAUAAGGGGCACCGAGAUUAUUUAUAGUUAACAGUUGAAGUGUGGUGCCCUAGUCGUGGUAUUGGACUGGUAAUCUAGUACAGUAGUAUCUAUUGUAUGGCUAGAUAGAUGGGUGUGGAUUUCGUUUAGAGUGGUUAUUGUUAUUGUAUAUAGUGUGUAACUUAGCACCCUUUAAUUGGAACCCCGGUGGUUAUGGGAUUGCAACAGGCAGCAGGACAAUUGUUCAGAGCUUUAGGCCCUGUUUGGCAGCUUUGUAGUUUUAUUCACCUGUAAUUAUCUUCCGGUUGUAAUAUCUUGUGCACAAGAAUGCAGCUGCUAUUUGUUUUUCCUCUGUAAAAGUAUUCUUUUGGCAAAUACGUGUCAGUUCCAUGCGGGAGUGGAUAGGCGUU